GGUGUAUAAAGCAUCUCGGUCGCUAUGUUUGUAUAUUAAAUUGAGAAAAUAUUUUUGAUUUUAUCUAAAGAAAUGAACAUAUUUAUUUAUCACUUGUGUGAAAAGCGUGUCGAAAUUAAAAACACUAUACCUGUGAAGUACUUCUAAUACAAGCAUUUAAAAUUAACAAGAUGAGAGCCGAAGCCUUUCUACAACGGGAAUGGUUCCUUCAAACUUUAGAAUAUGUGAUUUGUAUUGCUAUAGUUUUGGUUGGUUGUGACUGUCAAACUCCUAAUACCGAAGGCCUUCAAACUGUCCAUGUAGGUGGAAAUGUAACAAUUAAUUGUUAUUCGAGCAACAAAAAUAUUACAUGGAAAUUUAAAGACAGGAGUAUAGACGUGGAUAAUAAAAGGACAUUCACUGGAGUUGUCAGAACCAACAAUACGAACGAAAUAUCUGAGAUGCAAGAGAUUUAUGAAAUAUCAUUAAGCAUUGCUAACGUACAAAUAAGUGACGAAGGCAUUUACAUAUGCGAAACCAUAGAUAAUAUCAUACUUCGAAAAGUAUUUCUUCAGCCUUUCAUUGCGCCAAAAAUUGUGGACGCCAAUGGAGAAAAAGUAAAGCAGAAAAUCGGUCACUCAGUGAAAUUGUAUUGUGUAAUUGAAAUAUAUCCCCAAAAUGAUACAUUGGACAAACAACUACAAUGGUUAAAGGACGAAAAUGCAUUCAGUUUUCUGGAUAAAUCAGCCAACAUUGAAAAUUUGAAUUCGACCCAUAUUAAUUAUACUUUGGAAUUAACCGAAGUUUAUAAGAAAGAAAAUGGAACUUACGCUUGUGUAUCAUAUUUAUCCAGCGGAGAAGAACUUGCGAGAACUAAUAUAGCACUCUUGGUUAUGGAUGUGCCAAAGGUUAGCAUUGACUAUGUGAAGGCGGUGGGAGCCAGCAAAAUUUAUCUGAAUUGGACCAUUAAUGAUGGCAACGACCCUGUGCAAAAAUAUUUUAUACAAUACCUGCAGAGAGGGAACCCUGACUUAACUUAUUAUAAAGAUGUAAUUGGAGGUGGAAACACGUCAUAUGUGUUAGAAAAUUUUUUACCCAAUACAAGCUAUUUUUUAAGAAUGUCUGCAAAGAACAGCAUUGGUAACGGAACCCCAUUUCAAUACCCUCUAGCAGUAACAACAUUGGAAAAAGACCCUAUUUUCAUACCAAAAGUUAAAACAACGGGAAGUACUGCAUCAACCAUAACCAUUGGCUGGGAUCCGCCACCGCUGGACCUGUUCCCAUAUGUUCAGUAUUAUGAAUUGGUUGUUUCAGAAGCUGGGGAAAAACCAAAAAUCAUCGAAGAAGCAGUUUAUCAGCAAAACUCUAGAAAUCUUCCAUAUAUGUUUGAUAACUUAAAAACCGCAACCGAAUAUGAAUUUAAGGUACGCGCGUGCAGUGACUUAACAAAAUUAUGUGGUCCUUGGUCAGAUAUUGUGAAUGGGACUACAAUGGAUGGCGUUUCGUCGAAACCAAAAGACCUUAAAGUGUUUUGCAUACACAAUAACAUGUCAAAUAUUAAUACAGUUGAUAUUGGUUGGGUGGAGCCGGAGAAACCAAAUGGAAAAGUGGUUUCGUAUCAAAUUCAGUUGGAAGGUAUAUCCUCGUAUAACCGAAAUGGAAAAAUUCAUACUGAGACGUGGGGACCUAAAAUAAGGCGAAUUGAUGAACCACAACAUCACACAUCGUACGAUGGAGUUAUAUCGAAUACUAACUACACAGUCACAGUAUCGGCAAUUACGCGCCAUAGAAAAAACGGGGAACCUGCUACAGCUAAGUGCACCAUGCCUGUAUCCGUCCCUGAUGUCAUUACUCGCGUUAUGUGGACUAAAGUGAGGAUCAAUGAAGAAAAGUGUGUAUUCAAAGUUUUUGUACCUAGAGUAAGCGAACGGAAUGGUCCAAUAUGCUGUUAUCGAUUAUAUUUGAUACGAAUGAAAAACAACAUCGCCGAACUGCCUCCCCCAAACAAAAUUAAUAUUUCUACCUACCAUAAAGUUCACUCCCCCAAUAACUCUGUUGGUGGAGCAUAUUUAGCUGAAAUGUUCCCUGGCAGCAAUUUUAAAUCGGAAAUUUUCCUUGGUGAUGGAAAAAGGUAUUUUGAAAUCAGCUAUCCUUCGUUAAGGAAUAGUAUAGAAGACAUUGAUAAACAAUGCCUCAAAUGCGUGGAAGGGGAAAAAUUUGUUAUGCACAAUUCUCCAGCAAAAAACAGUCAAAAAACAGAUAUAUACAGCGAUAUUGAUCAUAGCCACAAUGAAAAACUUAGCAAAGCUGGAAAUCUUACAGAAUCUGCAUUCAAAAUUUUAGGAGCAAAAAAAAGGCGAAAAAGGAACUCUUAUAUCCUUAUAGAAAAAGAAACUGAUAAUCCUAAGUCUAUUGAUUUUGUCAAACAAUCCAUGCAGACUGAGAGCUUAUAUCCAGUUUACGACGGAGAAAUAGAUAUGAAUAGCAAUUACACUGGAUUUUUGGAAGUAAUAGUGCGAAAUAAAACAUCGGCAUUAAGAGCAUAUAGCAGCUACUUCGAAAUUAUCACGCCCGUAACCCCUGAUGAAGUGUCCAUUGAGAAUGAGUUAAAGAUGAUAAUAUUCAAAAUUUUUAUUCAAGGAUUGGCUAUUAUGAUUGGCAUAGCGCUUAUUGUGUUGUUAAUAUUAUGCUUGGUAAACCGUUGCAACACAAAAAAUUCCGGAGGUGGAGAGGAAGUGAUAAGUUUACGGGACUCUCUGAGCCGAGUCCUCUUUGGCGGUCGUUCAAACAAUCAUCGCCAUUUUAUUGGCACUACAAAUGGGAAAGUUACUGAUGUCGGGCCAAUUCAUAAGUCUGAUUUAUAUGUGUCAUACAAAAACCGACAUAAAGACACAGAUUACGGAUUUCUUCGCGAGUAUGAAAUGUUGCCAAAUCGCUUUAGCGACCGCACUACUAAAAAUUCGGAUUUGAAGGAAAACACUCCAAAAAAUCGUUAUCCAGAUAUAAAAGCCUAUGAUCAAACAAGAGUUAAGCUUUCUCAAAUAAAUGGAAUACAAGGUUCAGAUUACAUAAAUGCAAACUUUGUAAUUGGAUACAAGGAACGCAAGAAAUUUAUAUGCGCACAAGGUCCAAUGGAAUCCACUGUGAGUGAUUUUUGGAGAAUGAUUUGGGAACAGCAUCUUGAAAUAAUUGUGAUGUUAACAAACCUAGAAGAAUAUAACAAAACGAAAUGCGCUAAAUAUUGGCCAGAAAAAAUAACAGAUUUAAAGCAGUACGGUGAGAUUACUGUCAAAUUUAUGUCGGAGAAAAAGCAUGGAGAUUAUUUAAUAAGAACACUAGACAUAUACAAGAGAAACGCUGUCAACGAUGACGAGGAAGAAAGUCGACAAAUAACUCAAUAUCACUAUUUAGUCUGGAAGGACUUUAUGGCUCCCGAACAUCCACAUGCACUUAUAAAAUUCAUCCGUCAUAUUAAUGCAGUAUAUUCUGUACAACGGGGCCCAAUAUUGGUACACUGCAGCGCGGGUGUUGGGCGUACGGGAACGUUGGUAGCGCUGGAUUCUUUACUUCAACAAUUAGAAGAAGAAGACCAAGUAUCAAUAUUUAAUACAGUAUGCGACUUGAGGCAUCAGCGGAAUUUUCUUGUUCAAUCCUUGAAACAGUAUAUAUUCUUAUACAGAGCACUCCUCGAUACAGCACAUCUGGGAAACACUGAAGUCAGUGCUAUUGAAUUGUCAGCAACAGUGGAAAAUCUUAAAUUAAAACCUGAAGACGGAAGAGAGAAAUGCAAAUUAGAAUCGGAGUUUGAAAAACUUCAAACUAUCAACGACGAAACUAACAAAACGUCAUCCGUAGGAGCAAGUGAAAUGAACAUGGCGAAAAAUAGGAGUGAACAUAUUAUACCAUAUGAUCGUAACAGGGUUAUAUUAUCGCCGCUGCCACAUAAAGAGAAUUCAACAUACAUCAAUGCAUCGUUCAUAGAAGGAUAUGACAAUUCGGAGAACUUUAUAAUUACACAAGAUCCAAUGGAUAAUACUAUUGAAGAUUUUUGGAGAAUGGUUUUGGAACAAAGCAUAACUACGAUUGUAAUGCUAUCAGAGAUUGGCGAAGGACCCCGUCGCUGUCCUCGCUAUUGGGCAGAUGACGAGAUUCAAUUUGAUCAUAUUGUUGUAAAGUAUAUGGAAAGCGAAAGUUGUCCCUACUAUACGCGCAGAGAGUUUAACGUUACCAAUUGCAAAAUAAACGACACUAUUAAAGUCACUCAAUUGCAAUAUAAUGGAUGGCCAACAGUUGAAGGGGAAGUACCGGAGGUUUGCCGUGGAAUUAUAGAAUUAGUUGACCAGGCUUUAAACCACUACACGAAGGAGAAAAAUGUUGGAUGCAAAUCCCCUCUUACGGUUCACUGCAGCUUGGGAACUGAUCGAAGCUCUAUUUUUGUUGCAAUGUGCAUUCUAGUACAACAACUUCGAACCGAAAAAUCUGUUGAUAUUUGUACAACAGCAAGAAAAAUCCGAUCUCAAAGGCCAAGGCUGAUUGACACAUAUGCACAAUACGAGUUCCUAUAUCGAGCAAUAGUCAACUACGCCGAUCUUCAUAAGUUAAAUUCGGAGUGAAUGUCAUCAAAUACUAAGAAUUAUUACAUAAAUAUAAAAACAUUAAUCACGUAUACACAUACAAAAUUCUAUUUUAUUACAUCUUCUCAUUUUGUAUAAAAGUCUCGAGUUAAUUUUGUAAGUUUAAAAUUACUUUCAAAAGUAUUCUACAAUUGGUAGCAUAAUAUGUUAAGCAAAUAACCAAAGGAUAUUAAGAGUAAAAUUUUAUAUGUAUAACAAAUAAAUUUUAUACAGAA